AAUUCAAUCAACAUUCAAUCGUAAUUAGCAAUGAAACGUAAUUUAUGAUUUUCCUUUAGUUUAAUAUUUUACGCCGCGUGUGAUGGUCGUGCUUUUGUUUGUUAUUACACUGCUCUCGGCGCUCUCCACAACAACCAUACAUGCAGCACGAAUUUUGAGGAUAAAGAAACCCCUGAAAUACGAAAUCGAAUAUCAAGAAAAAAUCGAUAGAAUACUAACAGGAUCAAAGGACUGGAAAUAUUUUGAUCCAGAAACAUAUUCUGAUGAAGCUGGUCAAAACAGUACGGGAAUAAUAGGAGGCUGUCACUGGAUUACAGAGGUGGAAAUUUAUUAUAUGUUGGAAGAUCUCUCACGCAAUAAAUCAUGGCCGAUUGUUCAGUCAAAGUAUUUACAACAGAAAAUUAAAACAACUCGCUGCGUGAAAACCAAGGAAUCUUGCUACGAAGAAUUCGGUUUGAAUAAAUUAGGUUUGUCGUCCGUGUGCAAAGAAAGUUAUCGCCUCAACAAAAUUUACUUCUACGAUCCCGACCGAAAUAUGAUCUAUACAAAAAAGAUGACUAUACCGAACUGCUGCACGUGUACUAUCCUUAAAGAAAACCCUGACCGAGAAUAUCAAUGCUUAAAAACCUAAUCGAUAAUAAAAAAUAUAAAAACAU